CGAAUUUCUCUCUUGACUGUCGUCAACCGUCUCUUCUGGCGGACGGCGGGCAGAGGGAUGACGCACGGGAAGCAAGACAUGUUUUCGCCCACCAAUGACGCCGAGGCGGCGGCCGCGAUCGCCUCGGGAGAGCUCGACGACCACGCAACCUCGCCGCGUCGCGAGCGAGCUGUCUGGCAGUAAUUAAAGUCGGCGUGGCCUUUUACCUGCUGGUGGUCACGGCAUUGCCUGCUUCCUCGUUCCUGCUGCACUUCUAGCGCUCGGCUUUUCCUGCAUUCACUCUCGUGUCGCAAAUGGCAAUAGGGCGCUGACGGCCGAGCUGUUAUCGCAACGUAUACAAUCACGCAACAGCACCAACACUCAGUCAACCUCACACCUCCUGCGCAUACAGCGCGACGCCAUGGCACAAGACACGGUGACGCUCAACUUGAAGGUCUUGUCGCCGUCCAGCGAGGUCGAGGGCGGCAUCCUCCUGCAAGACCUCGCCGCGUCGACCACGGUGAAGGAGCUGCGGCUCAAGAUCCAAGAUGCGGUGCCGUCGAAGCCAGGCCCCGAGCGCAUGCGCUUGAUCUACCGGGGCAAGGUCGUCGCAAACGACGCUGAUACGCUGGAGACGGUCUUUGGCGCAGACAACCUUCGCGAAUCUAGAGACCAAAGCUUGCAUCUGGUACUGCGGGAGCUGCCACAGACUCCACAGAUGUCGUCUACGCCAGGCCCACGCACGGCGACCGCCCCGCCCGAUCCAUUCCGUCCAGCGCAAGCACCGCUCCCAGCGAGUCCCCUCCAGACGAACCCGUUCCGAGCCAUACCACAGCCUCGACCAAACGCGCAACCACAGGCUGUCCCGCAGCAGCAGCCGCAGCCGCAGCCACAGCCACAGCCACACCACCGCCACCAUGCCCACCACCAUGCCCACCACCCACAUUUCCACCAUCAUCACCACGUGCAGCAGCCUCUCAACCCGCUCGGCCCCAUGGGCGCCAUGCCGCUUCCGCCACAGAUGCAGCAGCAGAUUGCCCAGGCAUUGGGCCAGCGCGGCGCUCCCGUUGCCACUCCAGCUGCAGACACGCCGACGCCGACGCAGCCAGCCGACGGCAGGACGGUGCGGCAAGAGGGAAUUGGUCCCAAUGGCGCGCGUUGGUCUGUCACAUACAACGACUUCACCGCAAACAUACCCUUGCGACCCGGCCAGCCGACGAUGCCGCGGCCUGUGCCAUUCGCCAUCCCGCCCCGUCCGUUUGGCUCACCAGCGCCAGGUGGCGUGAAUGUGCCUCUGGGCUGGCUUCUACAGCGGCUUCGAGCAACUCUGCAGGAGGCUGCUCGCGAAGUGGACAAUGUUCGAGUUCUGCUCGCUCCUUCGGCUGUGGAAGACGCACUGUCGAGCGCACAGUCUCCCUCCGGUUCCGCAACGUUUCCAAGCUGGCGCGCUGAGCGCAUCCGAGAGCAUCUGCGCACCAUCACCCACAACCUGAACAUGGUAGAGAGCGGCCUCUCUGACCCAGCCAUGCAGCUCAAUACGGACGUGAUUGCACUGCGACAGACGGCUGGCGAGGUCCGGAUGCAGGCCAACGAGUUCAGCAGAAGGCUGGAUGCACAGGAGGCCAGGACAGCAGCUGAGCUGACACAGGCUACAUCACCAAGUGCAUCGACCGCCGCCGCAUCCGAUCCUUUGCUCGCAACAGCGGCAGCUGCCGCUCGGACGCUACCUUCUGCUGCCGCUCGGACGCUGCCUUCUGCUGCUCCUCAAGAGCUGUUCCUCCUGUCAAGCCCUCAAGGGCUGGUCGGUGUACUGUUCGAUCAGCGAGGGACCUACACAACCGCCCCUUUUACCUCCAGCCUCUCUUCGCAGACAUUCGUCGACCAGUUCAACCAGAACCGCCAGCUCAUCGCCAGCCUUGGCCAACAGCUUGUGCAGAGCUCACACAACCUGCACAACCAGCUGGGUGGUGUCCAACCGACCCCAGCCCAACAGCCCGGCCUGGCGCAGCCAGAACAGCCACCUUUUGCCGUGGACGAGGCAGCUGCUCAACACGUGAUCCAAAACAUCAUCCAGAAUCGCGACGAGCGCCAGGCUGCCAACGGCGCACAGCCCGCUGACCCAGACGCGCCCGCUGACAACGACCGCGUCGUCAACGUAGCCGGCCACCUUUGGCUCAUCUUCAAGCUCGCGUGCUUCGUCUACAUCUUCGCCGGCGGAGGCGGCUGGUACCGCCCGCUGAUGCUCGGCAGCAUCGCAAUCGUCGUGUACAUUGCGCAACUCGGCGUCUUCGAAGCGCAGUUCAACGUCGUCCGAGGGCACUUUGAGGCCCUGCUUCCCAACGCCGAGCGCAUCGCGCAGCGCCGCAACGCGACGCCGCAGGAUGCGAACGCAGCAGACGCACGCCGCAACGUCACGCCUGAAGAGGCUGCGAGGCGCCUGCUCCUGCAACAGCGCGAUAACCAGUUUGGAUGGGUGCGCGAGACGAUGCGCACGCUCGAGCGCGGCGUUGCCAUCUUCGUGGCUAGUCUGUGGCCAGGCAUCGGCGAGCGCAUGGUGCAUGCGCAAGAGGAGAGGGAGAGGCUGGAGCGCGUCGCUGCGAGCGAAGCGCGCGAGCGACAGGAGGAGGAGCAGCGGAGGCGGGCGGAGGAGGCGGAGAAGGAGGCUAGUCAGCCCGCCGGGGGAGAAAAGGAAAGCGCAGCUGAGAAACCGCCGCUGCAGAGGUCCGCCACGCAGACUCUCAGCGAGGACUUCAUGGAGCAUGCACCGAGCGAGACGCACGGUGGUCCUGUGACGGGUGCGAGCGCAAAGGGCAAGGAGAAAGCUGCCUACGUUGACGAUGACGAUGCCGCCUCGUCUUCCUGAUUGCGCCUUCGUUUGUACAUGCUGUCUGAGCGAUUCAUUCAUGUAGACAGUAAUUCCCAGACUCGUCACCAUGUCAACAAAUCAUCUGACCAGCGUCACUCACUCGCACGGCCCGUAGUGCUUCAGACAAUGAUGUCCCCAUCUCAAACCUGAAGCCUCGCUCCAAGCAUCCCUCCCCAUGCUAAGAUAUCGAUUCGUUUCAUGUUUACACGCUGCAGCGCCACCAAAUACGCUGCUGUCUUCGCCCUGCGCUAGCCUGGAGUGGGUGAAGCGUGGGUGAAGCGUUUCAUUAAGCUUUUCUGACGGCGCUGUGGGAGGCUGGGCGCGCUUGCGGACAGAUGCAUGCAUAAGCAAGGUGCGCUUUUGCGCUGUGUGUGGGUGCUUGGGUGCUUGGGUGCUGGGGUUGUGGUUGGCGGUGGGCUGGCGAGGCUGCG